UCGUGCCCGCGCUUCCGCGCGCGUCUGCUCGUUCGGUGACAGACAGCGGUGCAAAACAUCAGAAGCCGCCGCCUGCACUGGAUUUCUUGCUCAGAUACCUGCCUUCAUCUCACGAAGCAUUAACUUCGGGCCUCUGCUCCAACCUUAUUUUUAUCUUCGCUCUGAGAUUGUUUAAAAAAAUGAAUCCGCAGUGUAGUAGAUGUAACCGAGUGGUGUAUCCCACGGAAAAAGUGAAUUGCCUUGACAAGUACUGGCAUAAAGGAUGUUUCAGCUGCGAGGUAUGCAAGAUGACUCUAAACAUGAAGAACUAUAAAGGCUUCGAUAAGAAACCGUACUGCAAUGCACACUACCCAAAAACGUCAUUUACGAGUGUUGCUGAUACUCCAGAAAACCUACGCCUGAAACAGCAGAGCAAGAUGCAGAGCCAGGUGCUCUACAAGGAGGAGUUUGAGAAGAGCAAAGGAAAAGGUUUCAGUGUUGUAGCUGACACACCAGAAUUGCAAAGAAUUAAGAAAACACAAGACCAGAUCAGCAACAUUAAAUAUCAUGAGGAUUUUGAAAAGAGUAAAAUGGGAGGAGAAGUUCACCUUCCACCACCGCAACAAAACACAACUCCAGCAUAUCAACCUCCAUCUGCAUCGCAGAACUACCACUAUGAGCCAGAACCAGUGCGCCAAGCUGCUGCAGCUCCUCCGCCUAGUUCUGGGAAACGUUACCGGGCAGUCUAUGACUACACCGCAGCUGAUGAAGAUGAAGUCUCAUUCCUUGAUGGAGAUGUGAUUGUGGACGUGCAGCCGAUCGAUGAAGGAUGGAUGUAUGGAAGAGUGGAACGUACUGGCCAACAGGGCAUGCUACCUGCUAAUUAUGUGGAGGCCAUGUGAGAAAGUAAACAAGAAAGGGAUAGAAGGAGAUGGCAAGAAAGGGAAAGAAAGAGUUAGAAAGAAAUGGAUAAAGGGAGGCCCAGGGCCAUUUCAUAUUUUAAAAGCUGUUUUCUUUUCCUUGUUUGUGCUUUCUUAUUAAUGCGCCUACGCCGAUAACUCAUGCAAAACACAUGCAUACAAAAUGCACUCACACAAUUAUAUAGUGUAGACAUACAUACAAAUUGUGUAUACCCAAGUCUUGUUCUACCUGCUCUGUUUCUCUCUGCUCCCUCUUUCCUGCUGUCUGUCUGUCUAACUUGUCUUGUUUUUCAGUCUUGGGAGAGGUGCUGUCACAAGUGGCACUUAGCGUCUUAACGACACACAUUCACACCCAACAGACCUCUGAAUUUUCUUUCAAGGCUGCUUUAUAGCACUUCGUGAAUGGACAGCCCUAGCCAGGUCAAUCAUUCCACAUUUGCCAUGACAAUGAGAACCUUUAUUUCUUUUCUGCCCUUUUUGCAGCCUGUCACUAGUUGUAGCUAUCAUUCUAGCCCAUGUGGCAUCUCAAUGGUUGUGCAGUAGUAAUGAUGCUUGAACAUGAGACUUCUAAUCAUUCCAUUUGUUCCACUGAGUCUUAUCCCAUCAGACCUCAUGGGUAUUGUAGUGAAACUGGAAUACAUGUGUUUAUAAAAAAAAAAAAGAUCCUCUUACUGUGGCAUCGGAUUGUGUAUGGGUGUAAUGUGACCAAUGACCCUGCUCACAAGGCAGUGUUUUCAUCAUCUCAAUCAUAUGUAACACUUCAUCUCUGUGCUUUCAUAUAAAACCGUAUGUUCUCAUCUUUUUUUUUCUUUUCUUUUUUUUUUUUUGCUGCACACACUUACUGUGUAAAGGUAAAGCGGUGUUCUCUACUCUUCAUAAAAGCAAAAAGUAGACCCAUAGCACUCACCACUUACCUGCCUGAAAACAGAACUGGAGAAACAGUAAGAGGGAAGGAGGAAGCACAAUUCUGUGGAAUAUUUCAGUGGGUUUUUUAUUUUUUGUCUUGACACCGAUUAAGCCUAGUCCUGGACUAAAUAUCACUGUUAACUUCUUUGUGAAAAAUGCUAAACCGUAGACUAAGCUAAAUCUGUGCCUAAGAACUAUCCCUAUAUAUCUUUUAACUAUCUUUUAGUUUUGUUCAGGAACAUUCCAUGUGCAUUGUAUGAUGUAUCUCAGCAUGUUUCUCUGCACUAUUCUUUAUGAAGUUAUUCAUAUUAUUUUGUUCGUUUGUUUUUUCUCUCAUUCUUUGCUUAUUCUCAUUACCUUGUUCGUAUUGUAUGAGCCGGAUUUGUAAUGUCAGUUAAUCAAUAUCAGUGGAAUAAAACAGAUUUAUUUGUAUAUCAAGACAGGCCAGUUUGUCACUAGAGACAAUAUUUUAAGCUUCGGAACCUCUAACAUAUCAAACUGCACCCUGUGUAGAAAUAAGAACGAUCCUUAUUUUGCUGCUUACAGUGUAUACUGUAAACUAUAUUGAAUGUCACAUAAGAGACCCAACAUAUGUGUUCUUGAAGGGGGGAAAAAAGUAAGUAGUCUUACAUGUUCUUUUUUUUUUUAUCUUACACAAACAUUUUUUUUCACAAGGUCAGAUGUUGAAUGUGAUCAUUGCUUGUAAAGAUAAAGCAGCUUGUUUCAUUCUCCUAAAUAAGAACUAUUUAAAGUGUUAACUUUUCUGUAUGUGUUCUGUUGCUUCUUAAAUCUAGUCUUCCUGAAUUAACUAAUAUAGAAGAGAUAGCCUUUACCUGAAUGAAAA